CCCCCCCCCCCCCCCCCAAAGCUUGCUCCUGGUGAGCGCACAUGUCGCUGCCGCAUGUGCCAAGGCCUACGAUAUCAGUUCGCUCGUCACAAGGGAAAGCACCUUCCGGAAGAUCACCGCCAAGCUCAGAAGUCGCAGCUCGGUCGGGCAGGCCAAGAGGGGAAGAGGUGAACAGGCGUCCAUCCCCUUGUCUUGUACGGAUGAUACGGUGUCCGUUCAAUCCGCAGACCGGUGACCGACGAUCAGGCUGUUACCGGCUUUCCUCGUUUCUCUGCUUCCGCUCCCCCCCGUCCCCUUUGGCAAGAAAGUAAUGGAGACACAAGGGCCAUUGGGGGGGGGGGUUGUUUUGUAGUUAUAGCGGGUGCCCCGACGUACUGGCGCGGCAUUUACCCAGCAUAUAGCUCUGCAACAUGGGGAAGGGGACCGGGUUAGUCGCUGCCAAGGGAUCGUCCUGGUUCCCCCCUACAAUGGGUAUUGAUGAUUUCUAUUUCAUCUAUU